GAGAUGUUUCAGAGCUGGGAUGUGCUUUGGGGUGUCUGCACUGGUGUCCAGAGCUGGACCCCCACACACCUUGGGGAGAUGUUCCAGAGUUGGGAUUUGCUUUGGAGAUGUUCCAGAGUUGGGAUUUGCUUUGGGGUGUCUGCACUGGACCCACACACACUCUGGAGAGAUGUUCCAGAGUUUUGGGAUGUGCUUUGGGCUUUCUGGGUGUCCCCACACACCUUGGGGAGAUGUUCCAGAGUUUUGGGAUGUGCUUUGGAGAUGUUCCAGAGCUGGGACGUGCUUUGGAGAUGUUCCAGAGUUGCUUUGGGAUGUCUGCACUGGACCCACACACCCUGGGGAGAUGUUUCCAGAGUUUUGGGAUGUGCUUUGGCGUGUCUGCAUUGGUGUCCCCACAGACCCCAGGGAGAUGUUCCAGAGUUUUGGGAUUUGCUUUGAGGUGUCUGCACUGGACCCACACACACCCUGGGGAGAUGUUUCCAGAGUUUUGGGAUGUGCUUUGGAGAUGUUCCAGAGUUGGGAUUUGCUUUGGGGUGUCUGCACUGGUGUCCACACACACCUUGGGGAGAUGUUCCAGAGUUUUGGGAUGUGCUUUGGGCUGUCUGCUUUGGUGUCCACAGAGCUGGGACAUGUUUUGGAGAUGUUCCAGAGUUUUGGGAUGUGCUUUGAGGUUUCUGAACUGGUGUCCACACACACCCUAGGGAGAUGUUUCCAGAGUUUUGGGAUUUGCUUUGGCCUGUCUGCUUUGGUGUCCACACACACCCUGGGGAGAUGUUCCAGAGCUGGGAUGUGUUUUGGAGGUGUUCCAGAGUUUUGGGAUGUGCUUUGGGCUGUCUGGGUGUCCACACACACCCUGGGGAGAUGUUUCCAGAGUUUUGGGAUGUGCUUUGAGGUGUCUGCACUGGUGUCCACACACACCCUGGGGAGAUGUUCCAGAGUUUUGGGAUGUGCUUUGGGCUGUCUGGGUGUCCAUAGACACCCCAGGGAGAUGUUCCAGAGCUGGGAUUUGCUCUGGGCUGCCUGCACUGGACCCACACACACCCUGGAGAGAUGUUCCACAGUUUUGGGAUGUGCUUUGGGGUAUCAGCUGGACCCCCACACACCCCGGGGAGAUGUUCCAGAGUUUUGGGAUGUGCUUUGGGCUGUCUGGGUGUCCCCAAACACCCUGGGGAGAUGUUCCAGAGCUGGGAUUUGCUUUGAGGUGUCUGCACUGGUGUCCCCACAGACCCCAGGAAGAUGUUCCAGAGUUUUGGGAUGUGCUUUGGGCUUUCUGGGUGUCCACACAAAGCCUGGGGAGAUGUUCUAGAGCUGGGACGUGUUUUGGAGGUGUUCCAGAGUUUUGGGAUGUGCUUUGGGCUGUCUGGGUGUCCCCCCACACCUUGGGGAGAUGUUCCAGAGUUUUGGGAUGUGCUUUGGACUGUCUGGGUGUCCACAGACAGCCUGGGGAGAUGUUCCAGAGCUGGGAUGUGUUUUGGAGGUGUUCCAGAGUUUUGGGAUGUGCUUUGAGAUGUGGGGAGUCUCCAGGACCUGCUGGACUGGCUGGAGUUGUCUCAGGGCAGGUUGAGGUUGGAUAUUUGGGAAAAUCCAUCUUUCCCCAGAGGGUGGUGAAGCUCUGAGGAAGCUCCUCAGGGAAUUAUCCCAUUCCCAAAGCUGCUGGAGCUCCAGGAGAAUUUGGACAACAUUCCCAGGCACGAGCUGGGAUUUUUGGGGUAUCUGUGGAUCCUUUUCCACUCUGACCAUUCCACAAUUUUAUUUUAGGCAGGUCAUGAAGGAGGCGUUGGCAGGAGAGGAGCAGAGCUGCCAAAGCUUCCCCAUGCCUGAAUUUUAUUUAAAAAUAAAAAUCCUCUCCCACAACCUCAUCCUGGAGCACUUUUGGGGGGUGACAACAGCUCAGGACAUCAGGUUUGGGGUGGCUUUGGGGCCACCAAACCCUUUUUUUUGUCAUUUGGGCAGGGAGAUCCUUAAAAACAGAAUUGUCAAAAAAAAAAAAAAAGCAGGGAGCUCGUUCCCUUGGCAACAGUCAUGUUGGAAUUGGCCUUAGGGUAGGAGCUAAAAACCCACUCAAAAAUCGGAAUUUUCAGCUCCUGAGAGGAGGAGGGUGCUGGCACCGGGGUCACCCCCUGCGCCCCCAAGUUUUGGGGGAAUUUUCUCCUUUUUUUUGUGUGUGACAAGCUUGGGGGAUUUGGGGUGGUUCAGAAUUUUGGGUUUUUUUUUUUCCUGUGUUCUGCCCCCCCCCUCAGAGAUCAGGGUGUGAGCAGCUGGUUUGUGGCUCCCUGGAGUCAGGGAAUGCUGAUUUACAGGGAAAUCCUCUGGAAUUUGGGGUUUGGGGUGGGAAUAUUUCAUGUGGGAAGUGUCCUCUGGCUUUUCCCCUUCCCAGGAAUGUUCAUUUACAGGGAAUUCCUCUGGAAUUUGGGGUUUGGGGUGAGGAUAUUUUGUGUGAGAAGCAUCCUCUGGCUUUUCCCAUUCCCAGAAAUGCUCAUUUAUAGGGAAUUCUUCUGGAAUUUGGGGUUUAGGCUGAGAAUAUUUCAUGUGAGAAGCAUCCUCUGGCUUUUCCCCUUUCCAGAAAUGCUCAUUUACAGGGAAUUCCUCUGGAAUUUGGGGUUUGGGGUGGGAAUAUUUCAUGUGGGAAGCAUCCUCUUGCUGUUCCCCUUCCCAGGAAUGUUCAUUUACAGGGAAUUCCUCUGGAAUUUGGGAUUUAGGGUGAGAAUAUUUAAUUUGGGAAGGUGUGAAGCCCUUGGAAUCAGGGAAUGCUCAUUUAAAAUUGGGAAUUUGGGAUUUAGGGUGAUAAUAUUCAUGUGGGAAGCGUCCUCUUGCUGUUCCCCUUCCCAGGAAUGUUCAUUUAUAGGGAAUUCCUGUGGAAUUUGGGAUUUAGGAUGAGAAUAUUUCAUGUGAGAAGCGUCCUCUGGCUUUUCCCCUUCCCAGGAAUGUUCAUUUACAGGGAAUUCCUCUGGAAUUUGGGGUUUGGGGUGAGGAUAUUUCAUGUGGGAAAGUGUGAGGCCCCUGGAAUCAGGGAAUGCUCAUUUAAAAUUGGGAAUUUGGGAUUUAGGGUGAUAAUAUUCAUGUGGGAAGCGUCCUCUUGCUGUUCCCCUUCCCAGAAAUGCUCAUUUACAGGGAAUUCCUCUGGAAUUUGGGAUUUAGGGUGAGAAUAUUUCAUUUGGGAAGGUGUCAGACCCCUGGAAUCAGGGAAUGCUCAUUUAAAAUUGGGAAUUUGUGAUUUAGGGUGGUAAUAUUUCAUGUGAGAAGCAUCCUCUGGCUUUUCCCCUUCCCAGAAAUGCUCAUUUAUAGGGAAUUCCUCUGGAAUUUGGGAUUUAGGGUGAAGAUAUUUCAUGUGAGAAGCGUCCUCUUGCUGUUUCCCUUCCCAGAAAUGCUGAUUUACAGGGAAUUCUUCUGGACUUUGGGAUUUAGGCUGAGAAUAUUUCAUGUGAGAAGCGUCCUCUGGCUUUUCCCUUUCCCAGGAAUGCUCAUUUACAGGGAAUUCCUCUGGAAUUUGGGAUUUAGGGUGAGAAUAUUUAAUUUGGGAAGGUGUGAAGCCCCUGGAAUCAGGGAAUUCUCAUUUACAAUUUGGAAUUUGGGGUUUGGGGUGAGGACAUUUCAUGUGGGAAGGUGUCAGGCUCCUGGAAUCAGGGAAUGCUCAUUUAAAAUUGGGAAUUUGGGAUUUAGGGUGAUAAUAUUCAUGUGGGAAGCGUCCUCUUGCUGUUUUCAUUCCCAGAAAUGCUCAUUUACAGGGAAUUCCUCUGGAAUUUGGGGUUUAGGCUGAGAAUAUUUUAUGUAGGAAGGUGUCAGGCCCCUGGAAUCAGGGAAUGCUGAUUUACAGGGAAUUCCUCUGGAAUUUGGGGUUUGGGGCGAGAAGCUUCAUCCUCUUGCUGUUCCCCUUCCCAGGAAUGUUCAUUUACAGGGAAUUCCUCUGGAAUUUGGGAUUUGGGGCGAGAAGUUUCAUCCUCUGGCUGUUCCCCUUCCCAGAAAUGCUGAUUUACAGAGAAUUCUUCUGGAAUUUGGGAUUUAGGAUGAGAAUAUUUCAUGUGGGAAGGUGUGAGGCCCCUGGAAUCAGGGAAUGCUCAUUUAAAAUCGGAAAUUUGGGAUUUAGGGUGAUAAUAUUCAUGUGGGAAGCUGCAUCCUCUUGCUGUUCCCCUUCCCAGAAAUGCUCAUUUACAGGGAAUUCCUCUGGAAUUUGGGGUUUGGGGUGAGAAUAUUUCAUUUGGAAGGUCACAGGGAGGGGGAUCCCACCCUGCUGGAACAUCUGGAUCCCCCCUGAACCUCUGGAUCUCCCAUCCCCCCUGCCCCUGGCAGAGCCAAGCACCCUCAGGGCUGCAUAUUCCUGAAUAUUCCUCAAAUAUUUCCCACUUUUAGGGAAUAUUUUCCCUUCCUGUGCCAGUGUGGGAGGGAGGGAGUGGCUGUGGGGGCUGGAGGUGCAAAAGGUGGGAGCUGCCAGUAGGAAAUUGAGGCACCAGUGGAGUUUUUGGGUGGAUUUAUCCCCGUUAGGAGAACAGAAACUCCCAAAAUUCUGCAUUUCCUGCGUCCUGCCCGUACCUCACACACACAGGGAUGAUUUUUGGAGUCCUAAACACUGAAAAUUUCAAUUUUCUGACCCCAAAGAGAACACAGCAUUUAAUUAAAUCCACUUGGAGCCUUGUCCUGGAUCAGUUGGAUCCUUCCCACUCCACUUUUCACUCCGAGGCUGCUCCAGCAUCUUCUCCCUGCCUGGAUCUGCAUUUUUGGGGAUAUUUGGGUGUCACUGGAUUGAGGAAGGAACCAACCUUGGAAUUGUAGGAGUUCCUAGAGGGAUGAGAUGUCACAGCACCCAAAAAAAGGAGCAGGUUUCCCUCUCCUGGGAAAUCUGGAAGCUGCUCAUCUGCCUGGAAAUUUGAGUUCUGGGUGUUCCAGAUUGUGGAUUCACACCCUGCAAAAAAAAAUAAAAUAAAAAUUAAAAAAAGGAUGUGCACAGCAGAUGUCGGAGGUUUCCCGAUCCGUGAGUUUAAAAUUCCCACCGAUUCCUGCAGGGAAAAGUGGGGAUGGAGCUGAGGAGGGAAUUCCUGGGACAUAAAAAGAAAAAGGAGCUUUGGAAAAACAUCUGUGCCCAAAGGGAUGAAUUGGAGCUUUGUGAUGCUGAAAGAAGGAGGGAAAUGAGUUUUUUUUUUGGGA